CCGCAUCGCUUUGUAGUAGGCACGAAUACUCCGUGGUGUUCACUUCGAAGGAAAUCUCUCAGAUCGAUCUAUAUUUUAACCGUAGAACAACAGCAACAACAUGAGCGCCGUGGAUGAGGAUCUGACACCCGAGCAAAUUGCCGUACUCCAGAAGGCAUUCAACAGCUUCGAUCACCAGAAAACUGGCAGCAUACCCACCGAAAUGGUUGCCGAUAUUCUGCGUCUGAUGGGUCAGCCCUUCGACAAGAAGAUUCUGGAGGAGCUGAUCGAAGAGGUCGAUGAGGACAAAUCUGGUCGCUUGGAAUUCGGUGAGUUCGUGCAAUUGGCUGCCAAAUUCAUUGUGGAGGAGGAUGCUGAGGCCAUGCAGAAGGAGCUGCGUGAGGCUUUCCGUUUGUAUGACAAGCAGGGCAAUGGUUUCAUUCCCACCACCUGCCUGAAGGAGAUCCUCAAGGAGCUCGACGAUCAACUGACCGAACAGGAAUUGGACAUUAUGAUCGAGGAAAUCGAUAGCGAUGGCUCCGGUACAGUUGAUUUCGAUGAAUUCAUGGAGAUGAUGACCGGCGAGUAAAUAAACGCAGUCCCAAGAUCCACAAGUACACACACACAGACGCACACAUACUGACACUGAAACACACACAGUUACACUGACACACACACACACAGAACAUACACACCCUGGCACACAGACACAAACACAAUCACACAUAUACAUCGACGCCUGCCCACCUGUUUGAGGGUGGCGGUGGGGCGCACACGUUUAUUUGUUUAUAUUUGCACACUUGUUUCAUCUCUCGUAAACAAAUCCACGUAUUUAAAUUGAUGUCCACAAAUUAAUAGAAUUAAACGCUUUUGUACUACUUUUUUAUAU